AUGACCAUUCCUAAUAGAUAUGCAUUUCCCCCAUCCGCAAUAUCAAAAGAUCCAUAUGCCUUGGGCACUCAAGGUCUCACUGGACGUGGAUUCUCGGCAAACCUGCCGAGACCUGGAACGUACCCUAAAGAUAAACCAAAUUCACCAACCAACAAUGGCGCAUUCUUACCGACUCGUAAGGCCAGAAGAAUACCAAAAGCAAUGGAAGUUCCUGGCGACAUCUGGGAAAAGAUAUUCUUGUAUGUAGCUGAAGAGGAAGGAAGUCUCGGUAGCAUGCAGGGUGUCGUGCUAGUGAGUCGUUGGUGGGAACGGGUUGUAAAAGAACCCAAGUUUAGGGCCGGCUAUCUUUUGAAAAAGUCAUGUGUACAUUUAGCCUUUUAUGACGCCUUCAAAAAGAACCCAGCACUCCUAUCCAUGGAAGUAGCAGAUGCGAUGCUUCGACUCGGUUGCCAUCUCCCAAAAUAUUUCGUCGAAUACGUAUACCGCAUCCACGAAACGACACGGAAUAUGAAUCCCCCACACCCUGCAUACCCUUUACGAUUGUCAGAAGAAACCGUCCAGUUUUUGGUAGCUCAGGCAUAUAAAACGUACGGAGACUCUGUAGAUACCAAUUUAGAAAACCCUAGUGGUCAAGAGAGCUCUGACGCAGCAUUGUUUGACGAUUGUUUUGGAUAUGCUGCUCCCGAUGAUACUCAGAUCAAACAGUUGGUUGAUUCGCAUCACUUUACUCCGGCACUUGCUAGUCCCACGUCAGUGGAUGAAUGGGAGGUGCAUUGGUCUAAUAUGCUGAAAUUAUGCAAGGUCAAUCCAUCAAUGGGAAUGUUUUUGGCAGGUCACUCCGGCAAGGGUCGUGCCUUUGCUAAUGAUGCCAUGCUGAACGUAGCAUUAAGAGAUCCCAAAACGACAACAGAAUGGUUUCAAGAGCUGUUAUCACUGGGAUUUGAACUGACACCAUCGAAUAUUGAAGAUUUGAUGGCGUCAACACGAUACCCAAUACAAGACAUACCAUAUGCUGUAGAGAUGCUACGUCACUUCUCGUCUCAUGAGGCAGAAUUAACUUUAAUCGCUGAAGGUGCUUUAUCACGACUACUAGAAGGUGCCUCGCCCAUGGCUCUACGAACAGCCGAUUAUAUCAUAACCGAAUUCAGUGUGCCAGAAGACGGUGUAAUGAGAGCCUUGUUGCUAGAUCCAAAGACUGUACGAUGUCGUAAAUCUCAACCAGAACUAGUCUUCAUGACCAAGUUAGGUAAAGCUACUAAUGGCUUUCGAGAUGGGCUCUGGCAGCUCAUCCUAGGACGUUAUGGAGCAGAUAAUAUGAUGACUUCUGCAUGUUUACAGGAUUUAGUGGUGGGAGGAAACAGCAAUUUAACGAUACCAGCACCAGUCUUUCGUAAUUCCAGUAGCAGUAAUAGUGAUACCGCAUCGAUACAUUCCACAUCUACAAACGCCGAUACCACUGCUGAAGAUGAUGACGGUACAGCUAGAGACUCUGUAGCGACUCUAUUGGAAUCAGGAGUAUCUAUAGAUCCCGCCAUGUUUGGAGCAGUCGCACGAGCUGUACUGGUAACUAGGAAAUGUCGACCUCGGUAUCUAGAUUUCCUGGUGCGAGUAGAACAAACACUAGCUGGUGCCUCAUUAUCCAAUCUGCCGCCUGCACCUCCCUCAAUGUUGGACUCGACAAUGAACUCUGAUACCACAAGGACACGCUUAGCUCGUGUUCGAUGGACUGCUGCACUACGCCGAUAUGUAUUAGAUGAUGCAGCAUGGAAGGCCGCUGCCCAAAUGCCCUUAAAACACCAUCAUAAUAAUUCAGAUUCUGGUAGUGGUCCAACUGUAGGAGGUACAUUACGAGGAUAUGCUGAUCAGGCGCUGCAGAUGCUAGAGUUACCCUCAUAUACCCGCCAGAUGGCUGAAGUUAGACGGUUUUUUAGGGAAGUAGAAGCAUUAUUUGAUGAAUUACCAGAGGCUCCUGGACGAAUUCUACCCAAUUCAAAUAUAUGGGAGGGUCCAUUCACAAGAUGGAGGUCUGAACGGGAAUGGAUUGCUAGUCAUGGCGUAUACCACCAUAGCAACAAUAGCAACAGUAGUGGAGGGUUUGGUCUGUCGUCGGAUAAUGCAGCUGCCGUGAAUUCAUUAUUGAAUGGAUUUGGACCCACACCGCCUGGAUCACCACAGCAAUCUAAUCGCUCAUCGGUAUUGAUUGGUAUAAGAGAGACUUUUGGAAGUGUGAGUGCAUCAGUCAAGAGUUUGACUGAACAAUCUGCUACGGCUAUAACUGAAAUCGUGAGAGAUCCGUCGCGAAGAAAUACUAUAAUGUUGUCGAGUGUAUUUAGUAGUAAGUCAACAUAG